AUACUCUUGAUACUCUUGAUGGUCUCGUGUACGAACAUCACGCGCAUUUAGAUUUGCUUGUGCAAUCUGCAACCCUAGGCUCGAGCGCUUGCUGUUGCUAAUGGCAACUUGGCCAGUCUUCUGUAAAGCAGUAAGCUUACAGUGUCUCUUUAAAAACUAUUCAACACUUUUGAGAGUUAAGCCAUUAUAAAGCGCCUGAGCUCGAUGCGUAAAUUAUCAUAUUAAAUCAUCUUUCUUAGCGCAUAACGCACUUUGGAAAAGGGUUUCUCAGAAGAGUUGUGUUCAGACUUAAAUCCCUUCAGUCAGGAUGUCCACGGUGGCUGUUGUGCGGCUCCCGGUCAUUCAGCACCCUUCAUCAAGACUUGGAGAUCCAGAGCUCAUCUCUCUCCGGGGUUAUUCCACGGACUGCGGCAGAGAUCGGAGAUGCUGGAUGCCUCAGAGAGGAACCAGACCUCAGUCUCCAGGGACAGAAAGCCUGGACUCUGCUUUUCGCAGUGAGAGCAGAAGAAGUGAUAUCAGUUCUCUGAUGGAAAAAGGAAAAAGAGGAGGAUUAGAUAUUCCAGAGCAAAUCUCUGAGGCAGAUGAAAUCUUCCAAGACCAGGAUAAAACCAGAAUACCUGCCUUCCGUCAUAGGGCAGCAUCAGAAAAUCGCUCCAUAAGCAGAGUGUCUCAUACAACUUGUUCCAGCACUGGGCCAUGGAUGACCGAUCAAACAGAUCAGCUGAAAGUUGAGCUAAAAGAGCGCAUUCAAAAUACAGGAGCUCUGAUCCUCAAAAUCCUGUUCAAGAAUAACCACCCUGAUGGCAAACCUCUGGUCAACAGAUCUGCUUUACUUGAAAUCCUUACAAAUUUCCUAAGGAGGCCUGUCACAGCUAAACAGCUGAAAAACCUUCUAUCUUGUCUGCACCUAUCUGACCGAGUGCUUAUCAGUUUUGAGGAGUUUUAUGGUGCCCUGAAAGACCCAGACUCCAAUAAAAGUAACCCCGCAGGUCUUACAAUUCCUCAGACAAUGGCCCUGCUGAGAGGACCUGCACGCAGCAGGUUUCUGGAGAGUGUAGAUGUUUUAUGCAAGUCAGACAAUCUUACUGAAAGCUGGAUUUCUGCUCCAGAGUUCAGAAAUAUUCUCAACAAACUCAAGCUUCACCUGAAAGAUCCUGAUUUUGAAAAAUUAUGGAAAAGGUUAGAUAUGGAUGGACUUGGUGCAGUUAAGCAGACGAUUUUUCUAAAGAAAUUGGGAUUGAGCAGAAGGACUGAACCAAACAAUGAGAGAAACACUUCUAUUACUGUUAAAGCUGAAGACACCAAAGCUCCUGGUAGGACACUCUCUAAGGCGGAAGAGGAGCGUCACACAUCUAUCACCGUAGAGGCAUGGCUGAAGGACAGAUUUAGGGAAGGAGCUCAGAGGAUGAAAACUGAGUUUGAUAAACUGGAUCCUGAGAACAGUGGAAAGGUGAGGGGUGCAGACUUUCUGCAGGUGCUGAGGAAGUUUGACCUGCAUCUGAAGAGAGAGCACCUGGGUCUGUUUUUGUCUCGGUGUGGUUUGAAGCUAAAAAAGGGUUGUGUACAGUACUUGAACUUUCUGCGCACCUUCCAGGACAGAAGUUCAGAUGGCAUCACUCAUAAGAUCAUCUCCAACCCAAAACACCGGUUUCAUUCUGAUGAGAACAUCAGUUGUGUUUCCUCUCUAAGUGCCAUAGAGGCCAAAUUAACCCGCCUGUUUCAGUCAGAGUACCUCUCACUCCUCCAGACCUUUCAGAACAUUGACAAGCUUAAUAAAGGGACCGUUAGUAAAGAAGAAUUCCGAGCUGCUAUGGAGAGCAGGUUUGGCCUAGAGAUUUCCGACCCUCAAUUUGAGCAGCUGUUGGACAGGCUCCCUCUUGACCGCCACGGAAAUGUGCAGUACCCGAUCUUCAUGGCAGCCUUUGACACCAGGAAAGGAGUUCCCAGCCUCUUCCAGGCAGCCGCCCAGCCUGCCUUGAACCAUGAUUCAGGCGAGGAGAAGGGCUCAGAGGACGAUCGGAGUGACCAUGAGCUGUUUAGUCUGGUGAAGAAUUUGGUGGCAAAUCGUUACAGGGAUGUGCUAAGAGAGUUUGAAGAACUGGAUGAGAAAAACACCAGACGUCUUACUCAGGAGGACAUGUACCAGUUACUUAAAAGGUUAGAGCUCCAUCCUGAGGUAACUCGUGGAGAGGUCCGGAGGUUGUGGUCCUCAUUGUUCACUCAGCAGGAUGGAUCUGUGGACUUUCAACAGUUUAUACAUCACUUUGGCCCGUCUCCCAAAUCCUGCUGUUACCCCAAUGCCAAGCACAAUCCCCCCAAACGUGGAGACAAUGACUUGAUGCGCCUCUCCAAAAGACUCAACUGCGUCUCAGAUAUACUAGUGGAUGCUCUACGGGCCAAGGUGGAGUUGUCUGUUUCUGAGCUCUGGACUGAGUUCUCCGAAAUGGAUUUUUCUGGAACAGGUUUUGUUAGCAAUGAUGAAUUUAAAGACAUCCUUAUGAGUCUCUGUGUUCAUCUCAGCCAGUAUGAGUGUGAUCUGUUGGCCAAGAAGUUUGACAUCAACCAUGAUGGCAGCGUAUCCUACACAGAAUUCCUCAAGCCUUUUCUAUCCCAGAGUCAAAUAUGGAAGCAUGGAUCCAACAUGGCAGCUGCUCUGCAGACUCCCAGAGAAACUAAAGAAGUUGCCACUCUGGAAACAUUAAGUCGCAAGAUCAGGAAAAAGCUCCAGCGUAAGGCCAGGGCUCUUAGCAAGGCCUGUGCCCGGCUGGAUGGCUCCGGCACUGGGCUUCUGUCUGCAGCUGAGCUGGGUGCUGUGCUACAGCUGUUUGGAGUGUGUCAGAGCCAGGAAGAGCUGAAGAGUGUGUUCUCUACCCUUCAUACACACCCGUCUGGACACCUAGACUACCGCCCGCUCCUAAUGGACAAACACAGGACAUCCAGUCACAACCAGCAGACCAAGCACCAGCUCAGCCACAGGAGUCAAUAGGUCAGAGGUUUAAAACAAAUGAUAGCUACAUUGUUGGCAAGUGAGAUGCAAGAUAAUAUUUCAAAUAAACAUAUUAACCCUACUGGCUUCAUCCAUAAAUAAAGACACACAAUCAAUAUUCAAGUUAUAAUCAUGACAUUAAUAUUGUAUUGCUUUAUAUUAGAUCUGAUUAGAAUCAAAUGAACUGUAUUUCAUUGCUUUACAGUGUAGUGUGUGUUCAUGUUUUCAGAGCAGUGCGUAAUAAAAUUGAGUCAAAUAAAAAGAGUUUGUCAACUGAUUUUACUGCAAAUUGAUUAACAUUUUAAUUACACUAAACUGAAUUUGCUUUCAGUCUCUUAGAUAUGAAAUACUUUUGUGAUAUGCUAUACUACUUCUAAA